AUGUCCACCCUGGAAGGAGCGAAACCUCAGCUGCCAAGCUAUCUGACGGAGUCGUUGAUCAAGAGCUCGCUCGAGAACGAUCUCCAGCGGACGGUGACGAUCGAUCGGUUUAGUGCCGGACCAGCGACGGCUUCCGGUGAUAAUUACCUGAGCGAUGUGUUCUGGAUCCGGGUGCAGUAUGACGCAGGUGCUUCCGAAACGCGCCUGCUAGCCAAGUGCAUGCCGGAUGUAGGUGAUCGUGGAGCCACGCUAGACGUGUUGGAUGCGUUCCGUAAGGAAACGGAAGCCUUCAUGCAGCUAUUACCGCAAUUCUCCCGGCUUCUAGUACCUGCGAAUGGUGAGCGAUUUGGCGCCAAGUGUUACUACGCCACGACCGAACCCGUACGAACGAUUGUGUUCGAGGAUCUGAAAGCUCUCGGUUUUCGCAUGUGCGAUCGAACGCAGGGUGGUCUCGAUUACGCACAUCUCGAGCUGGUUAUGCGCAAGAUCGCUAAAUUUCACGCCGCAUCGAUGCUGUACGCGGCACAGGGUCCUGAACAGAAGCGGCGGCUUGCUGAGGGAUACUCGUACGGGUUCUACAACCCACGCGAGAAGCCUGAGGAUUACCGCAUCCUGCAGGUGUUCCAGAAGGGACUGGAGAAGUUCCUCUCGGUUGCGAGUGGUUGGGAUGAGCUGGAACCGGCAGUGUUGAAGGCUUUAGAUGCUCUUCAGCCCACGUACAGCAGACGUAUCGCUGAGUGUGUCAACCCGCGUCAACCAGGAACUCGCGUCCACGUGCUGAAUCACGGUGAUCUGUGGAGCAACAACAUGAUGUUCCGGUACGACGAGGAUGGUGCCGUCCAAGAAGUGAUGCUCGUUGACUACCAGCUAUCGUGCUAUGGGAGUCCUGGGCUGGAUCUGGUGUACUCCUUGUACAACUGUCCGCGUCAGGACGUGCGGCGAGAUCGGCUCGAGGAUCUGCUGCAGUUGUACCACCGAACGCUUUGCGAAACAUUACGACAAGCCGGACAUUCAGUGCUGCCGACGUUGGAUGACAUCAAGCAGGAGUACGCAAGACACGAGUUUUUCGGACUCGCUUGUGCCAUCUCGCUGCUGCCGAUCUUAAUGAUGGAGCGAUCGUCUGAUGUCGAGGUGAACUUCGAAGCGUUUUUCGACGAGGAGCAAGCGGAACGUAUCCGAAACAUUCAGUACAAUGGUGCCCAAUAUCGGCAGGUUGUGGUACCGUUGUUGCAUAGUCUACACGCUCGUGGUUACAUGAAGUGA